UGCCACGGAACACUCUUCAACACCUUCAUCAUCCUCGUUUUCAACGUUCUAAUAACUGAAAUCCAGCAGGCGACUUGAACACGUGCACUGACACAUUUUUUGACUACUAGGUUAGCGCUAAUCGCAACACGCCUGCCGAGUUACACAUAACACGCACCUUGGAAACGUGUUUUGAGCGUGCUCUUAAUCAAGGCUAUCGCCUCGUAGCAGCCUUGCACGGGCUUACAUAUGUCAUUCGCAGGCACACCUCUUGGUCAAGGCAGACGUCUAGAUCACCACACUUUCCUCAACAAGACGCAUCUUACUACAAUUCACAACAACCCAUCUGCUAGAACCGUCGUCAAUCCUCCCACUAGUCCACAACGUUCAAAUAUAACAACCUCGUACGCGUACGGAGCUCCAACAGCAGGUUCCAAAUCACCGCCUAAACCCACAUCAUCUGCAGCCACGGCCGACGCAGCAGACGACGAGACAGCUCUCGUCCGCUACGCUCGCCUAAAGCGCGAACGCUCACUACAGCAGUCUCAACCAACGCUCAACCCAGAGACCUGGAGUGUAAAGGACACCUCUGUCAAUAUCGCAAGCGCUUUCAGUCAAGCCGCAUCUACAUUACACGAGAUGAACCCCAGUAAUCCCAAUAAUGCAUGGGCCUCUGGAUCCCAAACAAACCUCAAUGUCCCUCGAAGCACGUCGGUCGACUAUGAGAAAGAGACUCACUCCACCAACAGUCGCCGACUAGCGCCGCCUCCGAAUCGUCUUUCGCAGCGCAAUACGCGUAAGCCCCUCUCAAAGCAGGACUCCACAAUGACGCAUGUGUCCGACUCCGAAGGCGAAGACAACCAGGAAUCUCAAGAACGUGACCGCAGUGCUCGCGGGAAAAGCCCCUUUGAGCAGGUCGUCGACGUUUCUAAGCGUGCCCUCACGUCAGCAACCUCCUUUUACAUGCGUCCCCGCUCAACCGAACCCGGAGACAUUUCAGCUGUCAACACAACCACAAAUGGCAGAGACUCCAGUUAUGACUACGCGUCAGAGGAGCUGGAGUAUCAAGAGACGAUGCGGCAAAAGAUAGCUCGUGAGCAGCAAGAGCAGACCGCAUCCAAAAGACUCGUAUCCACCCACAAGCGGAACCGGAUGUCCAUGGAUAACAAGGCAUAUCAACCCUCACAGUCUGAUAUCGAAGGGGAGUCCGACGAUGUUUCUGACGACGGGCGGAAAAGAAAAAGGAAGAUUAAGAAAAAGGAUUUAGGUGGAGGUCCUCUGACAACGCUGCCAGUAGCGGGCUACGACAAGCGACGGAAGAAGAAGAGAGGCAGCAAGACCAAUGUUGAUGGUGAGGAAGAAGACGACGACAGUAGCAGUGGAAGUGAGCAGCGCUCAUCGGCUCAGCGCGCGUCGACCUCCCAGAGUUCGAUUGCACGUAACUCCCUACCCCCGCCUUCAAGGUCCUCGAUACAUCGCGGUUCUGUCCCUCCUCAGUCUCGCGGUUCUGUCCCUCCUCAGUCUCGCGAUUCUGUCCCUCCUCAGUCCGACGAUCCAACUGACCUCGAAGUAGGGCUUGACUCCAUCCCUGAGAUGGAUGAGCCUCCAGCUGUGGAUGGCUUUUCCAACACGUCUGACAUGCCAUCACGAUCAUUCUCGGUCGGAGGUCUCUUAGGCCUGGUUGUGAACCGUAUUGUACGGCUCCUUGUGGGUCUCUUCGCUUGGGCCAUACGCAUUCUUGCCCUCCUGGCCCUCGUUCUUGGCCGCAUAUUUGGGUCGAUCAUUGACAUCAUCUUUAUGCGUCCAGCCGCCUUUUUCUCACACAUCAAUGCGGGGCCAUUCAUCACCCUUGCCAGAUACCUAUUCGUCGCUGCUGCUCUCUAUGCCGUCUGGCAUCAGUUUCAUGAUCCUAUCCUUCAAAUGCUACCCAUUCGCUCACCGCAACGCACAUAUUACGCACCCGACACGCCGAUCACGAACCUUGACGAACUUAGUGCUAGGCUCCAAAAUAUUGAAGCCGCUCUGUCUGGUCUAUCCCUUGACCAACAACGUGCUCGUGCCCAACAAGAUCUUGAGGCUCGCGCACACGGAGAUGUUGUCAACCGAAUUUUUGCUCUUGAGGCGCGAAUUCGUGAAGAAGCCAAGCGAGUGUCCGACACUGAAGCUCAUCUUACGUCAUCUUCGAGUCAAAGUCUGGUUGACCUUAGACGGGAGAUUCAAGCUCUGCAUUCUCAGCUAAGUGCUGUUGAAUCUGCGCCUAGGGAGACCGUGGUUUCAAUGCCACCUCCUGCUAAUGACGAAGAGGCACGGGCUAAGUUGAGGAUUCUAGAGGAGCGGCUCGGAGGCGUCGAGGGUAGCGUAAAGGACGCUCUGGAGCAAGCCAAGAACGCUGCUCAUGCUCCAGUAAACGUACCUGCUGGCACAGCUUGGUGGUCCAAGCUGGCAUCCACUGUUGGCACCGGUGCUGGUUUGACCAUUAAGUCAACGGAUGGCUCCGACGUCACUUCACUCAUCUCCCAACUCGUCGACAACGCCAUUGCACGGUAUGGGACUCAAGAUAUCAUCUCCCGUCCUGAUUUUGCGCUCCAUUCUGGUGGUGCACGUCCUAUCCCCCAUCUCACGAGUGGCACGCUGGAGUUGCGGCCAAGCACGCUGCAAGGGCAGAUUCUGGGUCUUAUUACUGGCCACGGAUAUGAAGUCGGCCGAUCGCCGAUAACCGCUUUGCACCAGGAUUUGCACAGCGGGAACUGCUGGCCCAUGACGGGGUCUUACGGUCAAUUAGGCGUGAUGCUUGCCUUCCCUGCUAUCGUCUCUGAUAUCACCAUUGACCACGUCGCCAAGGAAGUCGCAUUCGAUCUCAGCACGGCUCCCAAAGACAUGGAGGUAUGGGGCCAAGUAGAGGGCAAGGAUAAUCUGGAAAAAGUUGCAGCAUGGCGCGCAGAACAAGCUGCGCGACGAGAGGCUGCGAAGGAGGCUGAAGAAGCUAUAUCUGAAGCGGAUCUCGAGGACGACUAUCCGGCUACGCUCCCAAUGGACGUACCGUUCAUCCGCCUGGCAUCGUUCACCUAUGAUAUACACGCGCAUUCAAACAUCCAAACCUUCCCCGUUCGCCAAGAAGUCCGCGAUCUAUCUCUAGAUUUCGGUAUCGUGGCGCUUGUCGUCAAGGAUAACUGGGGCAAGGAUGGGUAUACGUGUUUAUACCGGUUCCGCGUGCACGGCGAACGCCCUGGAGGUGCCUCGUUGCCUUUCCCUGUUGAAAAUUCAUGACAAUAAUGACCUUGAAGUGAGCGAAGGAGUGUACAUGUGACAUAUACGUUCUUUAUUUUUUUUUGGAGUCG